GUCCCCUCAGUAACAAUUCUGUGUCUGUCCCUAAGUAACAAUUCUGUGGCCCUAAGUAACGUUUCUGUGGCCCUAAGUAACGGUUCUGUGGCCCUCAGUAACAAUUCUGUGUCCCUCAGUAACAAUUCUGUGUCUGUGGCCCUAAGUAACGAUUCUGUGUCCCUGAGUAACGAUUCUGUGUCCCUGAGUAACAAUUCUGUGUCCCUGAGUAACGAUUCUGUGUCCCUGAGUAACGAUUCUGUGUCCCUGAGUAACGAUUCUGUGUCCCUGAGUAACGAUUCUGUGUCCCUGGGUAACGAUUCUGUGUCCCUGAGUAACGAUUCUGUGUCCCUGAGUAACAAUUCUGUGUCCCUGAGUAACGAUUCUGUGUCCCUGAGUAACGAUUCUGUGUCCCCGAGUAACGAU